AGAUGAAUCCUUGCAGUCACGAAAGCUUUAAAUCGAUAUUUGAAAUAUGUUAGUCAAUCAUAACUGUAUUUAUUGAAUUUCAAUUCAAUUUCAUAAUCACAAAAAAAUCACAGUUACGUAAUUUCUUUCCUUUAUUUUAUUUGUUUUGGUUUGGCACAUUAUCUUGUCCUGGCAAUAUGUUACUGCAGCAGACAUAAGGUAAACUUGAAAUGUCCAAGUGACCUGGACCAGAGUGGGUUCCGGGUCUAUCGGGUGUGAGGCAUGAUCCAUCACUUACUCAUGCACAUGCCGUCAAACCAUCCUGAGCCAUGCAUGCCACGCAAGGCCUCCCCACACCUCGUCAGUCAUGGGAGUUGUUAAGACCAUACUUCACCAUGCUGGUCGGUUUGAGUUGGUGAGGUUGGUGGUGGAGGGGGGUACAAGACUGGUUCAGAUAUCUCUCGUAACUGUUGUUAGCCAUGGGUGGAGAUUGAAUGCACUUUUCCAGGUCUUGAGUGAAGCACACUCACCAACGCCUCUCCCCUUACCGCCGUGAAGCAUUGCAUAGUUAUUUGAAACAAAAUGUAUUUUAAAAGAAAAUUGUAUUUCUGUAAAUGGGAAUUGAAAAAGAAUAUUCGGAAAAGUGCCACGUAUGCAUAGGUUAUAAAUAGAUGUCACGAGAUGUUUACGGUCAGCUCAUAUUUCAGAUCCCGUUGAGUUAUUUUUUCUGAAUAGGGUUGCAUGGCACUGCAAUGGUGUUAAGCAAAUUUUUGUUUGGACUCGGAUUACAAUGCAACACUGCUGCAUUCCAGAAAAUUAUCUGUCCCCGCUGAGGCCCAUACAAGAGUCAAAUUCUUUUAACUUGACUUUAUAACUCGUAGACCUUCCUGUCCAUGCCUCAUAUGGGGUGCAACUUGGCAUACACCUGCAGGAUUGACGCAUUUUAUCUGACUGUGCCAUGGACAUUUUUUGAGUGUACUUCACUACAUUCUUCAAUCAGUACCUUCCAAAAAACUUUGAAACUAAAACAAACACCUUCCAAGCCAUCCUGAGCACAGAUGGCAUAUUUUCAUUCUGCCUACAAAUAUUCAAAGAUGGAGGCAUGCGAUGGAGAACUGAAGUUAGGGAUUUCAACAAUGCUGUCAUGGGCUUCAUGAGUGGACUAGAAAAUAUCCCUUACAUUGAACCAAUUUCACUGUCGCCAAAUGCCACCGUACGAUAUCGUCCAGACCAGGCUGUUGGAACAAAUACAGGCUUGAAGGGGAGAUCAACACUCAGGUUGGAUACGAACUCAUAUUAUACCAAAAAUCCAAAACGCGAAUGUCUAAAAUGGUAUCAAAGUGAGGGAAACACCCCCUACUUCAGUCCCUUCACUACCUGCCCUUGUUUCUAUUGGCAAGGGUAUUUUGACAUGUCCUACGUUGACGGGAACAUCAUACAAAUGUAUGGCUACAAUCCUCCUUACGUCUCAGGUACGUUUGUAAUAUUUGCUGUUUUAUGUCUGAUUUGGUUCGCGAUAACGGUGCUCAUGGUGGUGAUGUGAUUUUUUUGUUUACAUUUUCUUGUUGGAAACAAGCCUCGAGUGCCGAUAUUUAUUGCAUUAAUCAAUCUGUACCUUGAAUUGUAUUACUGGAGCUGUUCUGAAGCCAUUCAAUAUGCAAUUUAUUUCUCCUCACGUACUUAUAUUCUGCAUGUAAUUGAUUUCUGUAAUGUUCGCAAUUGAGAACGUUUGUAAGUAUCUUGCGAAAACAAUUUCAUUCGCAUUUGUUAAGCCAUUGGAAGCACCCACUGCCAUGCUGCCUUUCACUCUGUCCAAACACAUUCUCACACCUGCAUCCUCUGAAAAAACAAAUACUGGACUGGCAACAUGUGCAAUUUAGGAGCAUCUCGGAGUCUACAGAACAUUUGGCCAGACUACAAUGGUGGAGGGGUGAGAUGCCACUAUAGCUGGUCGGGCUCUCUGCUGUCGGGUGGGUACGAGAGGUAUCUGCCCACUCCUUGGAACUACUGGUGGUGGUGGGGGGGAGCGUAUUAUUUGCAACUACAAAGACAAGAAUAUCAACAAAAGGAAGCGGAUCCCUACCAAUACUGCUGUCAGUCUGGAGACAGUCGGCUGUGUGGCCUGUACCAAGAGAAACGCCCUCGCAACCAAUGUUCAUUCUACAGGCCUCCCUUCUUCGCGUUUCUCCUUGGCGACCCUCACAUCACGACGCUGGACAACGUCUCGUAUACCUUUAACGGUCUGGGAGAGUACACGGUCUUGGAGGUGUCUGGCGAUCAGAACCAUUUCACCAUGCAGGCCCGGACGGCGAUCGCAGGGUCCAAUGGGACCUCAAAAGCCACGUCGUUUGUGGCCAUCGUGGCCCAAGAAAAUGGCAGCAGCAAGGUUGAAUGGAUUCUCAAAGACAACAUCACUGUCGUGCUAUUAGAUAGUCAAGUUACUCAAGUCUCAGAAAACAAAACGUUUCACAACCAGACGUCAAUCGAGCUGUCGUAUGGGUCAGUCGUCGCGUCGUUCCCAUCGGGUAUCUCCGUGAAUGUGACGGCUUCUUACGGGGCGCUCAACUUCAUCACCCUGCUACCCCAAAAAUUCGUCAACCAAACGCAAGGCUUGCUGGGUGUUUUCAACGGUGAUCCUAAUGAUGAUUUUAAAUCUAAGAAUGGCACUGUACUGCCCUUUGAUGGAACAAAUGUCCCUCCAGAGAACCAGUUAUACUAUGAUUUUGGAGUCACAUGGCAAAUCGCUGCAAACACGAGCUUGUUUUCUUACAACACCAGUGCUGGGGAGAGCUGGCACACCUACAACAACAACAGCUUUGUGCCGAUGUUUUAUGAAGAACUCCUUAAUCGGACAUCGCCCAAAAAACUGGCCAACGUCAGCGCUUCCUGUGGAGGGCAAAAGGACUGCAUUUUUGAUGUGCUCAGCACUGACGACCCCAAUUUUGGGCAGGCCACGAAGAACAGCGCUGGAGAAUUUGGAUCGCAGGCCCAAACACUGCAAAACUUCCCUCCCAACAUUACAAGCAGUGGACAGCUCUCGACCAAAGUGAAUUCCACGGUGUGGGCCAAAGUAAUUGCAGAGGACCCCAAUAACGACACCAUUGUCUUCACCCUUACGACAAACUCAUCAGGCCUCACAAUUACAAGCGAUGGGAAUUUGACGUGGAGUCCCAGAAGCUCGGAGCCAGCGUUUGGCGUGGUGAGCGCCAGCGACGGCAAGGCCUCCUCUGCGCUGCUGCUCAACCUCACUCUCUGCAACUGCAGCGCGAACUCCAUGUGCCUCUCCAACCAGACCACCCUGAGCAUCAAUGGCAGCGACGGCUCCAAUUUUCAGGUUUCCAGCUGUCUGUGUGAUCCUGGCUACGCGGGAGUGUACUGCACGGACGACUACAAUGCCUGUGUAGACAGCCCUUGCCAUCCCCAAGUGAACUGCACAGAUGAACCUGCACCCUCCCUAGGCUUUUUGUGGGGCCCUGUCCCGCUGGGGCUCACAGGCAACGGGAGCAAGUGUUUCGGGUGCGUACAGUUUGCUUAA